GACAAAUCCAACCUCUUCCUGAGAACAAGGGCAGACCACAACCCCGUACCAGACCAAACAGUCAUCAUCAGCCACGCCCACGCUCCCUAAAACAAACUUCCUCAAUCAAAUUCGUCGUUCCUAAUCAUAGUCACUCGACCUCGUCGCCGGACACGUUGGUCUCCAUGCAUAUAUUAUUACCAAGCUGACUCCCGCCCCGCGUCGACGUCGCCGUGCCCACCGCCGAUCCGGAUCCGGCCCGCGCGCGCCAAUGCCGCCGUCCGAUGAUGGCGACCCUUCGCGCAAGCGGCUCGUCGUCGGCGUCCUGUCGGCGCUCAUGCUCGUCGCCAUGGUCGUCGGGACGGUCGCCUUCUUCCUGAGCGAGAAGGCCUGGGACGAGGAGGUGAGCAAGCGCAACAUGAGCAAGACGAUGCGCAGCGUGGAGCUCUUCUGCGCGCCGGCGGACUACCAGGGCACGUGCCGCGAGACCCUGGAGGGCGCGCUGUCGCACUCGCCCCCCUCCGAGCACCCGCACACCGCCGCCGCCGCCGCCAUCACCGCCGUCGAGCGGGCGCUGGAGCAGGGCUUCAACCGCUCCACCGUGCUGGACGCCGUACGCCAGAGCAACGACACCCUGGUGUGGGAAGCCAUGCACGACUGCCGGAUGCUUCUGGCGAGCUGCCGCGACAACGUCGAGCGCGCGCUCUCCAGCAUCGCGUGGCGCGGCGUCGAGGGCCCCGUGCAGGACCUCCAGGCCUGGCUCAGCGCGGUCAUCACGUUCCAGGGAUCCUGCGUCGACAUGUUCCCCAAGGGGGAGGUCCGCGAAGAGGUCAAGACCACCAUGGAGAAGGCGCGGGAGAUAUCCAGCAACGCCCUCGCCGUCAUCAAGCAGGGCGCGGCCCUCGCCUCCAUGAUCGACCUCCACGCCGAGGACCUCAACAAGACCAGGGGCGGCCGCGAGCUCGAGGAGGAGCCUACGUGGGUGUCUGGGGAGGACCGGAAGCUGCUCGCCGCCGCCGCCGGCAAGGCCGGGCUCACGCCCAACCUGACGGUGGCCAAGGACGGCAGCGGCGACUUCAAAAACAUCUCCGCCGCGCUGGACGCCAUGCCCAGCAACUACACCGGGAGGUACUUCAUUUACGUCAAGGCAGGCGUGUACGAGGAGAUGGUAAACAUCACCAAUUGUAUGGCCAACGUCACCAUGUACGGCGACGGCUCCAAGAAGUCCAUCGUCACGGGCAGCAGGAACAUCCUCGACGGCACCAGGAUGUGGAGAACGGCCACUUUUGCGGUGGACGGCGACAGCUUCACGGCGAUCAGCCUGGGCAUUCGGAACACGGCGGGGGUGGAGAAGCAGCAGGCCCUGGCGCUGCGCGUCAAGGGCGACAAGGCCAUCUUCUUCAACUGCCGGAUCGAGGGCAACCAGGACACGCUCUUCGCGCAGGCCUACCGCCAGUUCUACCGCAGCUGCGUCAUCUCCGGCACCGUCGACUUCAUAAUGGGCGACGCCGCGGCCGUCUUCCAGCGCUGCGUCAUACUCGUGCGGCAGCCGCGGAAGGGCCAGCCCGCAGUGGUCACCGCGCACGCGCGCAGGGACCACCAGCAGACCACCGGCUUCGUCAUCCAACGGAGCCAGAUCGUCGCCGACGAGCAGCUCGCCAGCAGCAGCAGCAAGUCGGCCGGGUCGGCGGCGACCAAGGUGUACCUGGGCCGGCCGUGGAAGGAGUUCGCGCGGACGGUGGUGAUGGAGUCCGAUAUCGAGGGGUUCGUGCACAGCGAUGGGUACAUGCCCUGGGAGGGCAAGGAGAACCUCGGCACGGCCUUCUUCGGCGAAUUCGGCAACUCCGGCGCCGGCGCCAACUUCACCGGGCGGAAGAACAUGCAGGGGUUCCACGAGAUGAACAAGGACAGGGCGCUGCAGUUCACGGUGGGGCACUUCUUGCACGGCGCGGAGUGGAUACCGGACAGCGGCACGCCGGUCAGUUUAGGGUUGUCCGGCGCCGGAGAAGGCGCCGGAGAAGAGACGAUGGAGUAAUGGCGCGCGUAGACGACGGUGUGAAUUAAUCGUCUGUACCUGCAAACUCAUCAAUACGUACGAGCUUUCGUGUAUGUAAAUGUGUGUGCAUGGUUGGUC